AACGAAGAAAUAAAUAAAAAGAAAAGAAAAGUAAUAGCGGGCAGGCAGGCAGGGAGGGAGGGAUCGAGCUACACAAACAAAGCAAAGCUGAAAGCUCUCUCUAUUACAAAUCAGCAACACCGAAAUUAUGCACUUGAAAACAGAUUAAAGAAAAUAAAGAGUGUAGAAAUAGAAAUAAAGCGCGAAGAAUCGAAAUCCCAAAGUGAGUUGGAGCCUCUCGAAUCGAUUUCUCUGCAAUUGGUGAAGUUGGUUAAGUUACGUGCCAUCAAGUUUGCUGAUUCAGACUUAGGGUUUUAAUUUAUUAUGUGUUCGAAUCAAUUUGGCUUGAUUUCGGGGUUUAGAAUAAGCUUAAUGACUGAGUUUGAUCUCUAGGGUUUUGGCGUUUUGGCAAAAAUGAGAUUUGAAUUUGCAUUGUAUGAUUUCUGGGCGGGUGAAUUUUGGGUCGUUUGGAAACCGAAAUAACUAUAUUCUGGUUGGUAAUUGACGUUUUCACCAUUCUGUGCAUACUAUUUCAAGUCUGUUUAUUUUGAGAUACACGGAGCUUGCAGUUCACUUGCACUGAAUUGAUAUGCGGGUUGGUGAAUUUGUGCUUGUUUGGAGGCGAGUAUAACAGUAUUUUGUAGUGCUACCGGGUGUCUAGGGGUCUUGUAGUUCUGUUGGAUGGUGGAUAAAUCUGUUGGUUGAGAAAUGCAACCUCAGCAGAGCUCCAGAAUUGAUUUGGUUGAAUUGAAAGCUCAGAUAGUGAAGAAGGUUGGAAUUGAGAGGUUCAAGAAGUAUUUUUAUUGCUUGAAUAGGUUUUUGAGUCAGAAGCUGAGCAAGAGUGACUUCGACAAGUCAUGUUUUCGCUUGCUUGGAAGGGAGAAUCUUCCCCUGCACAAUCAGCUUAUCCGCUCCAUAUUGAAGAAUGCAUGUCAGGCCAAGACCCCACCACCUGUUUACGAGGCGGGUCCCGCAAAAUCUGCAAUACAAAUAGCAAAAAGCUCUCCAGGUAGAGAAGAUGGGCAAGAACAAAGUGGAUCCCUUCUUCCAAAUCAGAAUCAAAAUGUGUCCAUUUGGUCGAAUGGGGUUUUGUCAAUGUCCCCACGGAAGAUUAGGUCAGGGAUGCGUGAUCGUAAGCCCAGAGAUAGGCCUAGCCCACUUGGUCCCACUGGGAAAGUUGAAUGUGUCUCGCAUCAAUCAACUGGUGCAGAAGAUAGUGGCAGUAAGGUUAUUAUGGAUAAUGGAGAAUUGCCUCCAUAUGAUUAUCAGAGACAAGUACAGAAUCUUCAAGCAGUUGCUGACCAACCUGAGAAUGAAAGGGAAGGGUCAGUUCAACGGCUCUUUGAAAAACCAACGCCGCAUAGCAAAGACCAGACAGCUUUUGUGGAAGAUGGGGAAGAAGUUGAGCAAGCAAACCGCUUGAGUUUAUCUAGAAGUCCACUGCUUGCACCUCUUGGGAUUCCAUUUUAUUCAGCUAGUGUGGGUUGUGCUCGCAAAGCUGCACCAACAACAACUAGUGGUGAUUUCAUCAGCUAUUAUGACAGUGGUGGAUUGUCUGACACAGAAAGGCUGAGGAGACGCAUGGAACACAUUGCAGCUGCACAGGGUGUCAGUGGGGUUUCGGUAGAAUGUGCAAAUACUCUGAAUAAUAUGUUGGAUGUGUACUUGAAAGGGUUGAUCAGGUCUUGUGUUCAGUUGGUGGUAGCAAGGUCUCCACAUGAUCCAAGAAAGCACAUCAUCCAUAAGCAACAAGUUCAGGGCAAGGUUAUCAAUGGCAUGUGGCCAAGUAAUCACUUACACAUACAGAAUAGUAGUGGAUCAAUGGAAGUUAUGCAUGAACAGAGACCACGUUGUUCAAUAUCUUUGCUUGAUUUUAAGGUUGCCAUGGAGCUAAAUCCACAGCAGCUUGGAGAAGAUUGGCCAUUGCUGCUGGAGAAAAUCUGCAUGCAUGCAUUUGAGGAUUGAAACAUUCGCAUGAAGAUUUGCUGUGCCAAAGCUGUAAUUGGGUGUCGCUGUCCCGGUUCAAAACCCUUGACAACUGUUGUUGGAAGUGUUGAUGAUCCAGUUCUAUUCUUCCAUGAAGAACCAGGUAGCUCCCCCUUCACAUGAAGCUCCGCCCUUGCAAGAUGAAAUUCUGGGUUUGAGCAUGCAAGUGUCUUUUUUUCCUCCUGCAGACCCUAUAUGAAUCAGGAAAUUAGUUAACAGCAACCAGGCAAGGGAAACUUUUAAAUAGAAUGCCCAUGAUUAGUUGCUCUGUUGUAUGAUAAGCAUGUGUUGGCUGAAUCAUGCCUUCGCUACAGAUCUGAAGUUCAUCUGUACAAUAUACAGCCAAUGAAGAGGAAAUCUAUGACAGUUUUGCAGGGAUACUCUUAUGUAGCUUGGGGAAAGGUAAAAUCACUGGUGUAAGAGCUGCAGUGUUGCUCUUUAUGUAUUUUUAAAUCUGAGAAUUGAUUGAAAUUCCAAUAUUAAUAACACAUUGACAUCUACUGACUUGUCUGUAUGCUUUGAAUAAGAAAUUGCGUCUAAAUGACACCUAAAUAAUCUAGCUGCUGAGUUUAUUACUGCAUCAUCUUGUGUUCUCAACGAGACUGGCUUUUGAGCUCUUAAUUAUCAUUAUAAAAAGUUUAUUACUGCUACUUUUCCCUAUUACUGUGACAAAGUAAAUAUAGAGUUUUCACUGUGGCUAGAAAGAGUCAAGUAUAGCUGCGUAUGAAUUGAAAAUUUUGACAAUCUCAAAUAGGCUAUUUGCACAACUUAGGAAUAACACUGAGGAAUAUUUUGAUAAGCAUAUUAAUGAUGAACACUGUAAAGAUGGUAAAUAAUUUGUUGAUAAUUUAAAUGAGAAAAGCAAUUAAUAGUAUGGCCAAAACUGAGUUCAGAUUGGUACAGAAUUUUUCUAUUGAUUUGAAUUCUCUGGGACUAGGUUUAUUAUGAGUCACAUUUUAGUAUACCUAAAUCCUCACGCACAUUGUAGAAUCAAGCUGCAAUUCAGAAUAUUCAUGUGAGAUUUUGUAUAAGGCAACUGAUCAAUUCAUCAAAUUUGCACGGUGCUGGCUAACAAUUUGCCAUGACUGCUCGGAUCACAGGGAUAAAAGUUUUUCAGGCAUUUGAAUUUGUAAGGACAUAUAUUACUCUACCCAUUCUCUUCAUGAAGAGACCUAAACCCCCUUUUGAAUAAUUCUCUGCAGAUUAUGUCAGUUUCUCUUUGCUAGUCUUUGGGGCAAUGCUUAUUGGUACGACAGAAAGUACUGGUGUCAUUACAACUAUUUCGCAUUGUCCUCUGAAGGGGCAGGUCUUAUGAUUAGUUGUAGGAAUUUCAGAAUUGAACUGGCCUGUUCUUACCAAAUGCAAAGGCAGAUUUAUGAAGAGUGCACGGGUGGUAAUAAUGAUUAAUUUAUUUUCUCAUGUUAUAUUUCUAUAUUUUUAUUGUGCGUCAUGAAUGAUGCAGGAUGUUCUUUACUUUGUGGAUUCCAUGCUAUGUCAUUAUUUUGGUACCUCUUGAAAACCCUGGAAAGAGAAAAUUAUGUGCAUCUAAACAUUAGAAAUGAUGUUAGAGCUUAGUCAUUAUUAGUCAUUAGAAUAUGUUUGCAAUGUAUGUGGGAAUUAAUGGCAAGCCAUAUCUUGUCUAAAGGAUAGUUCAAAAUGAUGUUGUGCCCUGGUUUCAUUUAUCAGAUAUGGAUAAGAUAGCAAGUACAUACCAUAAACGCUCCUAUUUUGUUACUUGAAGAAGAUAAAAAUGAAAGUGGUUGUUCUUGAAGAUGCAGGAGAAGUAGACCAGUCCAUUUACUUGAGGUUUAUUGCUAUUGGCAUCACAUUUUGCUCAGUUCAUUUAAGUGCUUGUCCACAAAGCAUUGCCUGUUGCAUGCAGCAGUGAAUUGACAAUUUCUAUGAAUCGUAUCACAGGUGAGAAUUGCUUUUUGAGCUGCCAUUUGCAGUGAUUGGCACAUAGAUAUCAACUGUGCUUUCCAUAAUCAGAUGACUCCAGAACAUCCAUUGGCUCAAUUUAAAGCUGAUUGCUCGUGUGUGCAUAAGGAGCUGCCAUUUAUUUUGUUUUAUUGCAACUCACAAUUCGCUUGCUAUCUUGGAAGUUUUCAUUAAUUGGUGUUACACUGUCUUCUGUAUUUUUUAACCAUUAUUCAUGUAAAAAAAAAUGGCUUAUUACUUUCUUGAAUUGAUUAUUAGAAACUAUUGUUUUUAUCAUAAUUUAUAACAAUUGCUAUUUGAGGUGUUUCUUUUAUAGCAUUCUCGUUAAAACUCUAUGGAGGUGAUUCAACCUUUCUUAAUAGCUAAUACCGUUGGACAAACAGACAAAAACACCCAGCUUCCACAACGCACACACAAAUCUUGUUCACUUGCAUGAUUAAUCAGUUAGUUGGAAGAAUUCUGACUAUGAAGUCAAGACCUGAAGGCAUGCGUUUUCUAAUUCAUGAUAUGGAACUGAACAAUUUGACUUCUAGUGAAAGGAGCUAUGCACUAUUAGGGACAUUCUCAUUGAUUCUGAGGACUUCAAUUUUUGAACCAUUGCAACUCUUUGUGCCACAUAGCCAGCAGACAAUAUAUGUACUUUUGAGGUCAGUCUUGCUAAUUGCUUUCAUGCUGACCCUCAGUAUCAAUUUAUCAGGGAAGCAGAACUUAUGCUUCUUAAGUUUCUUUUUGCAUUAUUUUGUAAUAAUAUACAGGGAGGAAGCCAUGGCAGAUCAAAUUAGGAUGAUAGCUGAAGGUUAUGAAUUUAUAUUUAUGGUUAUGUUACCAUUGCCUAUCAGGGACCAGACUCUUAGUUCAGCUUUUUCUCCAGUUUCCUUGGAUAUCCCCUCAUCUGGCAGGAAAUUUGAGAAAGUGAAAGAUUCAUUGUAGCUGUUGCUUCUUUUGCUGAUGUGCACAAAGAUGUAGGUUUAGAUCUAUUUAUGGGAUUCUGGUGUUUUGCUUUCCCUUUUGGAGCAAAUGGGGAUGCAGAUCAUUAUCCUAUAGGUCCAUGCUAUGGAAGACAUGAGGAAAGAACAAAUUUCAUUUUAUCCUGAUUCCUGCAGUUGAUGCAGCAUUGUUAUGGAAGAGCUGAAAAUUUUUGCUCCUUGUUUGGGAAACCAGAAACUGGAUUUGAAGCAGAUGAGAGGGUGGAAAUGAGAGAGGAAAGCCGCCUUACCUUGUAUGGAAGGCAGACCAAAAAUGAGGGGAAGGGAAACUGCAUGUAACCUUUUGUCAAACAUUGUGCCUGGUUCACUGGGCUGCACCAAACGCUUGCAUGCAAGUCCGGAGUGGACACGAUG